AUGAAUAGCGGCUUUGGCUUCUAUGAUGAACUUAUACAUCGACUUAAUGAAAAUGGAGAAAUGAUGACAGCAAUGCCACUUACUGCUCUCAUCGGCACACGAAUUCUCUGUAUGCAUGGUGGAAUAAGCCCUCGUAUUGAAACUCUGGAAGACUUGAAAAACUGUCGACCAGUGAAUGGAGAUCCGCGAGAAGAUUGCUUAGAGAUGGAUUUGAUGUGGUCGGAUCCAAGCGAUGAUCAUGAAGGCUGUCGGCCGAGUGAGCGUGGUGGCAAUGCAUUCAUUUUUGGUCCGGAUGUUGUGGAAGAAGUUUUGGACAAAUUGUACAUACGAGCUCAUCAAGUGGUUCGUAACGGCUAUGAAUUUCAUGCGGGUCGAAAAUGUGUGACAGUUUUUUCGGGACAAUUCGGCGGCUGUUUGCGUUGUCUCAGAAGGAUUGGAAAUCACAUUUGUGCAACUCACUCCAGAGACCCCUCAAACAUAUGACAAUCCUUAAUUGUUCAUUUCAUUUGUAUUCCAAUAAACUUUCCAACUUCCAGUCGUUUUAAUUUAUUGAAAGCAUUAUAGAAUUUAAGGAAAUCAAUUAAAAAAUGGUGCACAGAUUCACAAGGAUGAUGAGAAUGGGAAUUUUCUACGAGAAUAAGGGCACUAAUUAAGCAAUUUGUGAAUAACCAAUUUUCGAUCGAUUGAGUGCUGGAAGUUGCUCAACAAUCUAAAUUCAUAAAAUGUUAACAACCAAUUCCGUUUUUCCAACUCUGGAUCAUUCAAUUUUUGGCUGAAAUUCGAGUUUCUUGGGUUUUUGAGGGAUUUGGGAGAUUUUUUAAAGAUUUUUUUUUCGAAAUUUUCUAUCGAUUGAGUACUCACAUCAAAAUAAUUGAAGAGUUAUUAAAAAAUCACUUUCAAAUGCAAUAAAUUUUAGAUAUUUUAUUUCAGACAAAAAGGUGGAAAAAGUCAGAGAAUGAAACAUUUUACGCUCUCUAAUUUCUCUGAACUAAACUAUGAAAUAUAAGACACAUUUUUAAAAACACUUCGGAAAAAAUUGUUUGUUUUUAAACUAUUUGAUAAAAUUUCUUUGAAAUGUUCCUUAAAAAAUGAACGGUCUAAAUUUUAUAAGAAUGUGAGUUAUCAUAACAUAUGAAGCGUGACCUUUUUUUGAGUUAUUUUCGUAUAAAAGAAAGAAAUAUUGUCAUUAAAAUUUGGUGUUCUAAAAAUCUUCACCAAUAUUCUAUCAAACUGUCAGCUGGAAAAUCUGCUAAAUCUGAAAUUACUGCAAAAUCUGAAAAUUUCGACCAAGAUUAUGAACAUGCAUUUCCAAUGGAAAGUCUCGUUUCGAAAAUAGAAAGAGAUCGCUUUUUCGCAUCGAAAUCCAAUGAUGAUAAUAUUCAGUUCGCUGAAAAAAUGAUUAUGCUCAUCCUUCUAUCCAAAGGAUUGACAAAAUCUGUCACAGCAAUGGAUAUACUUCGAAUUAUAUGUGAGUUUGGAGUUGGUGUGAAACAACAAAAUAAAAUUUGGAAUUUCAGUUCGCGAAAAACAUUCAUGA